AUGGGCUUAAGUAGGCUUCUCGUCAAUGGUGCCAUAAAUUCCAUUAAGUGGUUAGCUCGCUCGAUUAUCGCAAAGAACUACAUCGAUAAAGUACUUGAAAGAUUUGACAUGAUUAAAAGUAAGUUGAUCGACACCCCUGUCGCUAAAGGUGAUAAAUUCAGUCUUAGUCAAUUCCCUAAGAACAAUUCGAAAAUUAAGGAAAUGAAGUUAAUUCCCUACUCUUCGGCUAUAGAGAGUUUAAUGUAUGCUCAAGUAUGUACGGGUCUAGAUAUUACGUUCCUAGUCGGAGUAUUUGGUAGAUAUUUAAGUAGCCCUAUGAUGGACCAUUGGCGCACAACCAAAAGGGUUAUAAGAUAUCUAAAUAGAACAAAGGAUUACAUGCUCACUUAUAGGAGAUCAAAUGAUUUGGAGAUUAUCGGGUAUUCCAACUCUGAUUUUGCGGGAUGCGCAAAUAGUAGAAAAUCUACAUCUGGAUAUGUAUAUUUGUUGGCCGGUGGAUUGAUUUCAUGA